CUCAGCUCAGGUAGCUCCUCGUUCCAGCUUAGCUCCUCGGCUAUGCUUUUCUCGAUGCAGGUAUGUUUCCCUCACGAGAGCACAACUGUUUAUGACACCGAGGAAACCCCGAGUUGUGAGGUGAGAAAAUGCUGUGAAAAACAAUGAAAUAUUUAAUAACUGUAACCAAAUAUAUAUAUUAUAAAUCAAUUUAGUGUUAUUUCACAAAAAUAUGAGAAUGUAACAAAUUUUACUUACAAUCAAUAAUGUUAGCGUUGAGCUCGUGCUAAACCUCUGGGGAGUACGCAGUGCUCGCCAAUUGUGAUACGCCUCCUAUGUGUUUCUCUCUCACUCGUACAAGCCUGCAACAGACAGAGAAACGACUUGCUAUAUAAUCACUUCCCUCAGAGGAAAAUCAUCAUUCACGUUAGAGCUAUACACUUUGAGUGUUUUGUGAAUUUCUCCACAAUACUUCGUGAACUUCUCCACUUCACAACGGCGACGAUGGACUCAUCAAACGCUUCCUCCUCCUCCUCCUCCACUACAUUAUUCAUCAUCCCGGACAGCCCGCCAUCGGAGAGGGAGCUGAACUACUGGGAACAGCAGAAGCAGCAGAAGAAGCAGCAGCAGCAGAAAAGCCGCAGCUCGGCUGCCACCUCUGCUGCUACAGCUGUCGCCUCCACCUCUGGCGCCUCCUCAUCCUCACCCCUGAAGAUGCAGGGAAUAUUUGUUCAACGUGAGGAUGAGGAAGAAGUCAUCAUACCCGACAGCAGCCCUCUCCCGCAAGCUACGCCGGCUACUUGGGCACCACGCCGAGCGGCCCUCACAUCGGUACCCGCCGCCAAGCAGCCGGUGAAGCGGAGGCUGGUCUUUGAUGACGAGCCCGCCGUCCUCACUCAAUCAAAGAAACGUGCGGCGCAAGAGCACGACAGCUCCAUAACGCCUCUUUUGCGGGAGGAGGAGGAGGACGAGUUGGACGUGGAGACGGAGGACUUCCUCGCCAUUAUAAAUCGUCAUACUGAGAAACUGUGGACGCCUCUCCGGCAGUUGGUGGAGGACACGGCGUACCCCAUCGUGGGGGUAUGGGAGAUUACAAACCAACAUGGUCGCCGCAUUGUCUUAAAAGUCCAUUUAACAUCUGAACGGCUGACGGACAUAUACAUGCCAGAGAG